AUGGCUGCAAAUGUUGAACGAUCAAGCCCUGAGCCUCAUGAGGAUGUCUCUCCGCUCACUUCAGAUGCCGAGUCCGAGGACGAUCCCAUCGCUCGCCAUGCUCGCAAUUCCACUGAAGUAGCGGUGCAUGAUUGUGGAAUCUUGGAAGAAGAGGAAGAAAGAGAAGAGCUGUUGACAGCCCGGACAGAGACCUCAUCCACCCCAAAAUUUCUCUCUAGUAAGAUUCGAGAUAUACGAUUGAAUGGUAAAUUGGGGAGGGCAAGCAAGAGAGACGGCUACAGGAAGACGCGGCGAGAAGAACACGGUGAUCUGGACGAAAAUGGAGAACUCAUGUAUGAAAUGGAAGAAGGCGGUCCACACAGCGAGAUCAGCUCCCAGGCUUCGAGCAGCUCUGCCGAAUUGGACAAGCUCAACCUUUCGCGAAAUCAGAAGCCAGAGUGGAGAAAGUAUGCCAUUGGCUCAGCAGUAAUAAUAGUCCUCUCCCUCCUCUUCAUUAUCUUGACCUUGGGAGCAUACAACGCUACUCAAGAAUCGAUAAAGGUCCCGCAAAUCUUGCUCUCCAAUGGCACGUCACUCUUUGCUCCCACCACCAUCCUCAUAUCCCUUGAUGGAUUCCGGGCAGACUUCCUUACGAGAGGCAUCACCCCUACCCUGAAUCAAUUCAUCGCAGAGGGUAUCUCGCCAAAGUACAUGUAUCCGUCAUUCCCCAGUGUAACGUUUCCCAACCACUUCACACUUGUGACUGGACUUCAUCCUGAGAGCCAUGGCAUCGUUGGUAAUACGUUCUGGGAUCCAGAGUUCGAAGCUGAGUUCCACUACACCGAUCCAUCGAGAAGUAUGCAGCCCAAGUGGUGGAAAGGCGGAGAACCAAUUUGGGUGACAGCAGAGAAACAAAAUGUCAAGACGGGCGUACAUAUGUGGCCAGGCUCAGAAGCCGGCAUGGAAUACUCUGCGAGCUACCUCGACAAGUUCAACGGUAGUGAACUUUUAUCAAAAAAGACUGAUCGUAUCCUCGAGUUGCUCGAUCUUCCUAGCAUUGAAGAUUCAGCUACAAGAGUACGUCCGCAGCUUAUUGCUGCUUACGUUCCCAAUGUUGACGGGGAUGGCCAUCGCUAUGGACCAAAUAGCACCGAGAUCUAUGAUACAAUUUCAGCUGUAGACAAGAUGCUCCACAAUAUCUUCACAGGCCUUGAUGAGCGCAAUUUGACGUCGAUUGUGAACGUGAUUGUUGUCAGUGAUCAUGGUAUGGCAACAACAUCUGUCGAUCGCUUGGUACAGCUCGACGACAUAAUAGAUGUCGGCAAGAUCGAGCAUAUUGACGGCUGGCCACUUUACGGUCUACGCCCCUGGAGUGACGAGCCUGUACAAGAACUUUACGACCAGCUCAAAGCUGAAGCAGAUCAGAGCCCUAACUUCGACGUCUAUCUCCGAGAUAAGGAUAUGCCGACGCAGUUCCACUUCUCCCAGAACCCACGAAUAGCGCCACUCUGGGUCAUUCCCAAGACAGGGUGGGCAAUAGUCCACAAGGAAGACUUCGACGUCAAAGAAGCUAAAGCCUCCGGACAGACCUAUGCGCCAAAAGGUCUGCAUGGAUAUGAUCACCAUAACCCACUCAUGCGAGCGAUCUUCGUAGCUAGAGGUCCUGCUUUUCCACAUAAGCCGAAUAGCAGAGUUUCCCCCUUUCAGAAUACCGAGGUGUACAACAUACUCUGCGACUCCUUGGGGAUUGAGCCAAAAGCCAACAACGGGACACUUCGGCUGCCGCUGAAGCCUAGUGGAUUGCAUUCAGAUGAAAAUCAAGAAGAAGCCAGCGAUGAGAUCCAAGAUUUGCCUUCUAGUCCAACGGUAGAAAUUGUGGAGAUUGGAAGUGACGGCAAGCCGAUAACCGUGGGCGAAACACAAGAAAGCGGCAAUGAGGAGUCGCAAAGACACAAGAACAAAUUCUUCGAUUAUUUGAAGGCAAAGAUCGCUCAAGCCAUGCAAUGGGCGUCUGCCAUUUUGCAUGGACAUAAGAAGCCUAAAGAUGGCCCAGCUGAACCUUCUUGA